AACUGAACCGUUUAUUAUAUGCCGAAGUUGAGCAACCACCCAGUAAGGCGGUUACGAUACCGUAUCUCAGCGUUGCAGCGUGCGUGAGUCGUGACCGCCCUAGCGCAGUGGAUCGUAACCAAAACAUGCCAGCGACAAACACACGAAAAUCUAGAAAAUAAAUUUGUGAAAAUCACAAAUUGUAAAUAAAUUAUCUGUUCCCGUGUAUCCGUCUUUCCUUCUAUCUCUCUGUUGAAAAUUAUCAUUUCCUCUGAAUGCUAGCUCGAUAAAUAUGCUCCCCGUGUGAACAGAAAAGCAGCGCUCUCGUUGUUUUCCGCGGCGAACCUGCCUGCAUCCGACGUGGAAGCAAUCUCCCCCAUCCUCGUCUUCCCCUCAUUCUCCCGGGUGGCUGCGCGGGUGCCCUGCAUGUGGAGUGUCCCGGUGGAGUGGCGGAGUCUGUCCGGCGUGCACUGAGUGCAGGAUGGAGGCGAGCGACGUGCUGGCCAACGUGCCCGUGGUGAUCGACAACGGGUCGGGUCUGAUCAAGGCGGGCUUCGCGGGCGACACGGCGCCGCGCUGCCACUUCCCCAACUAUGUCGGCCGGGUCAAGUACUACCGCCUCAUGGCCGGGGCGCUGGAGGGCGACAUCUUUGUGGGCCCGCGGGCCGAGGAGAACCGGGGAUUGCUCAGUCUGCGCUACCCCAUGGAGCACGGCAUCGUGACGGACUGGGCGGACAUGGAGCGGGUGUGGCGGUACAUCUACUCCAAGGAGCAGCUGCACAUCGACGCCGAGGAGCACCCGGUGCUGCUGACCGAGCCGCCGAAUAAUCCGCGCCGCAACCGCGAGCGCGCCGCCGAGGUCUUCUUCGAGACGUUCAACGUGCCGGCCGUCUACUUCUCGCUGCAGGCCGUCCUCAGCCUGUACGCCACCGGCCGCACCACCGGUCUGGUCCUCGACUGCGGCGACGGCGUCACGCACGCCGUCCCCAUCUACCAAGGCUUCGCCAUCCCGCACAGCAUCCAGCGCACGGACAUCGGGGGGCGCGACGUCACGGCGUGGAUGCGCUUCCUGCUGAUGAAGGAGGGGCUGACCUUCCACACCAGCUCGGAGCUGGAGGUGGUCCGCCAGAUGAAGGAGCGGCUGUGCUACAUCGCGCUGAACCCCGACAAGGAGGAGCAGACGGAGAAGGACACCAGCGCCACCUACGAGCUGCCCGACGGCAACCAGGUGGAGGUGGGCGUGUCGCGGUUCCGCGCGCCGGAACUGCUCUUCCAGCCGCACCUCUUCGGCUACGAGUGGCCGGGGAUCCAUGAUGUCCUGCUGACCAGCAUCCGCAAGAGCGAUCUGGACCUGCGCAAGACGCUCUACAGCAACAUUGUGCUGUCGGGCGGGUCGACGUUGACGCGGGGCUUCGGGGAUCGGCUGCUGCAGGAGAUCAAGCAGAGCGCUCCCAAGGACACCAAGGUGCGCAUCGCGGCGCCGAUGGACCGGCUGUACUCGACGUGGAUGGGCGGGUCCAUCCUGGCCAGUCUGGAGACCUUCCGGCGCAUGUGGAUCUCCAAGAAGGACUACCAGGCCGAGGGCCUCCGCGUCGUCCACCGCAAGACCUUCUGACCCCGAUCUACCGCACUUCCUCAUUCAUCCUGGCGUUUUCUUUCUGGUUUUUUUUUACUUGUUCUCUAGCGACCAUGAUUUGUCGUGUUUUGGUGUUCAUAUCCGCGGCUGCUUUAAACGCAGAUUUUUUUAUGAAUUCUAGUUACUUUAAUUUUAUUCUUCACAUUAUAACAGUUACUGUGG